UGAGGACUUAGAAGAAAAAAAUACAGUACAAUGGUUCAGAUCACCGAAGUCAAGAACGGCAUUGCGGCCAAUCGUAUCUCUACUCACUCUCACAUCAAGUCCCUCGGUCUGCUCGAGGAUGGCUCAGCACCGGCCUUGAACCCCGCCUCCAAUCCCUCAAGCGGGUUGAUCGGACAGAACCAGGCGCGUGAGGCAUGUGGGUUGGUGUUGGACAUGGUCCGGAGUAAGAAGAUGGCUGGAAAGGCGUUGUUGUUCGCUGGUGGACCUGGAACCGGAAAGACCGCCCUUGCGCUUGCCCUCUCCCAAGAACUCGGCAACAAGAUCCCGUUUGUGCCAAUCGUCGGUUCUGAGGUUUACUCUUCUGAAGUUGGAAAGGCGGAAGUUUUGAAGGAGCAUCUCCGUCGUGCUAUUGGGCUGAGAAUCAAGGAGACGAAGGAGGUGUACGAGGGUGAGGUUACGGAGUUGACGCCAGAGGAGGCAGAGAACCCGCUUGGCGGCUACGGAAAGACCAUCGCACAUGUCAUCGUCGGUCUCAAGACUGCCAAGGGUACUAAACAGUUGAAGCUCGACCCUUCGAUCUACGAGUCGAUACAAAAGGAGCGUGUUGACGUUGGAGACGUUAUUUACAUCGAAGCCAACACUGGUGCCGUUAAGCGUGUCGGCCGUUCCGACGCUUACGCUACUGAGUUCGACCUGGAAGCCGAGGAGUAUGUCCCCGUUCCCAAGGGCGACGUCCACAAGAAGAAGGAGAUCGUCCAAGACGUCACCCUCCACGACCUCGACACCGCCAACGCUCGUCCCCAGGGCGGUCAGGACAUCAUGUCCAUGAUGUCCCAACUCAUGAAACCCCGCAAAACCGAAAUCACCGACAAACUCCGUCAAGAAAUCAACAAAGUCGUAAACAAAUACAUCGAGCAAGGUGUCGCAGAACUCGUUCCUGGUGUGCUCUUUAUCGACGAAGUCCAUAUGCUCGAUAUCGAGUGCUUUACCUACCUCAACCGUGCGUUGGAGAGUACCAUCUCGCCUAUCGUCAUCUUCGCCACCAACCGCGGUAUGUGCGAAAUUAAGGGCGCAGACGGCAUCACAGCCCCCCACGGCAUCCCCCUUGACCUCCUCGACCGCACCCUCAUCAUCCGAACCCUCCCCUACACCCUCCCCGAAAUCCGUCAAAUUGUCCGCCUCCGAGCCCGUAUCGAAGGCCUCUCCAUCUCCGAAGGCGCAUUGGACGUCUUGGCAAGAAAGGGUGUUGAGACGAGUGUGAGGUAUGCUGUGGGGUUGUUGACGCCUGCGAGUAUUAUGGCACGCAUCGGAGGCCGGGAGGAGAUCGGAGAGGAGGAUGUUGGGCAGUGUGAUGGGUUGUUCUUGGAUGCGAAGAGGAGUACUGGGGUUGUGCAGCAGACGCCUGGAAAGUUCUUGGCUUAAGCGAAAAUGAACGGUUAAGAGAUUUGAGUCCAUGCGGUGAAAUAGGAUACGUGUGGCAUAUUAUACCCGAUAAAUUGAUGCUUCAUACCCUAA